AUGAGAGAAACGGUGGCACGAACAUUCAUUUUGGUUUGCUUGUUAUGUGCGAUAUUGCUGUUAAUAACAGUGUUUUGGAACUCACUGGGUAACACCUUGCGCCAAACAAUUCCAAUCUCCCGACUGGCGUUAGGGAGACUAAGAAACAAGGAGCUGGAGUCAGCUGCAGAAAACAACACUCGCAGCGUAACUCAGAAGCCCUUCGUGAUACUGGUUUACACACAAUUCUUCGGUACUAAGGAGUGGAUAAAAUUCACUGAUGAUUGUUCCUCACCGGAAAUACCUAGAAACAGUUGCCGUAAGGACAUGGUUGAUUUGACGUACGAUAAAAAGCGAUAUGCUGAAAGCGAAUUUGUCAUAUUCCACGCCCGAGAUAUGCCUGGUGUGGAUCACCUGAAAACGAUAAUGAAAAAUAAGCCCUCGUCGCAGUUCUGGAUUUAUUUUUUACAGGAAAGUCCAAAUGCUACUCCUGAUACCCGACCUUUGAAUGGAAUGUUCGAUUUGACUAUGACUUAUAGAUCCGAUUCAGACUUCUGGUGGCCUUAUGGGUCUUAUAGGGGGAUCCCAUUUGAAAAGACUUCACAACUAGAUUUCUCCGUUGGGAAGGACAAACUGGUUUCCUGGAUGGUUAGCAACUGUAACUCUCAUCUCAGAAACUCGUUUGUUCAUGAGCUUCAAAAGUACAUUACAGUUGAUGUAUUUGGAUCGUGUUCGGGAAAAUUUGGCAAAUCAAGAUCCUGUCCACGUGGAGAAACUUGCAGAAAUAUUAUUAAACAGUACAAGUUCUACCUUAGCUUUGAAAAUGCAUUAUGCGAGGACUACAUCACUGAAACGUACUGGGGCCGUAUAGGUAAGCAAGCUUAUUUACGAAAUAUAGGAAUUGAUGGUAGCCCAGUUUUUAGUUUAUUUAUAAAUAACGUUAUUGCUUAUGUAGGUCAGCAAGUUUUUGUUGUUGUUGUUGUUUGUUUUUUGGUGGGGGGGGGUAAAGGAGGUGUAUUAUAGGCAAAAAAUAACAUAAAAAGGGGUAGGCUUAAUAACUUUCUUCCACUAAAAAGGGGAGGGGCUUAUUUGAGAGGGGGCUUAAUAGAGGAUUUACGGUAAUCAUAAAUUUUAAGUCUCAAGGCCCUUAUUUGAGGUUUUAUCGUCAUUACAGGAGAUGAAAACGUCAUACCAAUAGUCUUAGGAGGCGCCAACUACAGCAAACUCGCCAUUCCAGGUUCAUAUAUCAACGUUAUGGACUUCAAGACGGUAAAAGACCUUGCAGACUACCUCCACUACCUUGACAAGAACAAUACCGCCUACAAUGAAUAUUUCAGUUGGAGACAAAAAUAUCGAGCAGGCAGAGAAGGGUGGUCCUUUCUUUGCAUGUUCUGUGAAACUCUUAGAACCGAUUUCAAACAAAGAGGCCGAUAUAAAGACCUGACAGGCUACUGGGUUGGUAAAGGAAGAUGCAAUGAAAAGGACGAGCGUGUUAGAAGAAUGUGGAGUUGA